ACACAACAUAAUAUACUUUCCACGACAGCGCGAGAGCGACAUUCGCGCUACAAUGUAUGUGAGACCUCCAAAGAGUACGGACGAUUUUUCUGCCAAUGGAUCACCCGUGAAGAGGGUGUGUGAGUUUUCCUUGCACCCUACCUUUUUUUGCGUGAAAAAGAUUUUAAAUUGAAGAAAUUGCUGCGACAAAUGUGAAUAGAGAUAAUUUGUAGUGCUCAUCUGGCUGCAGGCAGUUAAUUCUGGCUUGGACUAAACAAUGGGGGAACAUUUGCUGAACGAUUCGGAGAGUUUCGAGAUGCUGAAAGCAUUGUACGAUUUCACGGCUGUUUACCCGAAAACCAUCAGCUUCGACGAGGGCGAAUACUUUAUUCUGCAUCAGACCAGUGCCCGGCAGCGGAACUGGUGGCAAGUGGUUAGCAUGAAGGGCAAUAUCGGUUUCGUUCCGUCGAAUUAUGUCAUGAAACUGAAGGUCGAUCCAAACUUCCUGAAUGGAUUUCUCGAAUCCAGCAUUGAAUCGUUGCGAAUGUCGACGGAGAAGGAAAUAAACGGCAUCAUUAACCGAGAUGAACUCAUCGAUCGGUUGGUGGAGAAGCAAAAUAAAAUCGAGAAAAUACUGAAGAGUGAUUUCUCCGAUGAUGAUGAAGAAGAACCACCGGCGAGAAUCGGCAACGGAAGUAUUCCAACGAUGGAGAAAUAUGCUUAUAACAAUUGUAUAGAUUCGACCCCCAAACACAAAGGCGAACACCGUCGAUCUCCGGUGCCAGCGAAGCACGAGAAACUUACCAAAAAAUCGCUAUCUAGUUCAGCCGUGUGCACAGCUGCCAGUGUUCCCCAAUUUGUCCAGGAAAGUCCUAGUAUGAGCGUGCUUUCUUCGAAGCUAAACCAAGAAGAGCCACUAACACCGACCGCUCAAGAAAAUAGUAUCGUGUCGGAGGUAUCCGAAACGGAGACGACGAACACGGCUACAACCACUACAACUACCACCACGAGUGACGACAUUACCGCAAUCUCUCGAGGUGACGAAGAAAUCCCAAAAACAGAGCCAACAGCAGAACCGGAAGCUCAAACCGAUCACGAGAUGGAGCUGGAAACCACCAACAACGACGAUAUGACUGCCAGUGAAAAUGAGCCACAGCCGAAGGAGUCCUCUGCCAAAGAACCAACCAGUGAUCCGGAAACGAUCGCUGAGAGCCAAAAUUUAAACGAAAUCCCUCUAAUGAACAUCGAACCCCAGGACGUCUAUCAGGUGGUAGACGCAAUCCGCACCAACACGAAUCUAAGUCACGAGAUGGCAUGUGUGGCGUUUCGCGUAAUGCUCAGUGAACUGGAACCGCUACUGCCUCCGCCGGUGGUGAAACAUCUGGAACCGGUCGCGUUACAUCUAACGACCCCUCUGGAUGUAGCGGAUGCGUUUCUAGCUCAAACGCACGAUGCGCAACGGUUACGCGUCAUCUUUGCCGGUUUGUCGGAGUGUAAAAACGAUUCCGAACAACGCACCUGGAUGUUGCACGAGGACGAAGCGGACAUCAGUCGCUAUCUGAGCGAACUGAUCGGUAUUCUCACCGAUGCGGAUCCGAAGAUCUGUCGCAACGAAAUGGCCGUCGAUCACUAUCAGAGUGUCAUUAAUCUAGUCUUGUAUUAUCAGAUGGAAACUCGCUGGUCCAUACGAAAGCUGCUGUUGAAGGCCUUUAAAGCGAUGUGUCACCUCGAUUACACUACGGUAGACAUUUUGCUUGGGUCGGUUCUUCCUUUGGAAAUAGUUCAGGAUAUGAUUUCCAAUGCGAGGAACGUCGAGAAGCUACAGGAGCUGGCGAAUAUGUUGAUCAUUGUGUUUUCCAUCGGCAGAAAGAUGCCCAUCAACCAGCAAGAGCAUCUUCGUGCGGAUUUCGUUAUCUUCCUGUUAAAUCUAAUAGAAACUCCACCGGAAACUGAUGUGCACAAUGUCCUUCCGGACACCAUGAUCAAUUUGAUUCUUUCGUUCAAUUUGCAGUUCGAGAACUUUACCGACAACAUUGUGCUGGAAGCGAUGGAACAAAUUCGGACCGCAAAAACCUUCACCGAGAAGAUUCUAGUUCUAAUAAAUCGUGAAGAAGAUCCAGUUCACACGCUAAAACACACUCCAGCGCACAUUAAUCCGGUUCUAAAAAUGUUGGUUGAUUUGUUUAGUAGGCCGGAAACAGCUUCCAUUUUUUACACAAACGAUCAAAGCGUGCUGAUUGACAUUCUAGUACGACAGUUGUCGGAUCUCUCCGCGGGAGAACCUAUCCGCAAAUGGUACUUGGAACUGUGCCGCCGGAUUGUUCGGAACACCGGCUACGCGGAACACCAACACCGGAAGCAAGAUUUGAUGAAGAUAUUCACGCGAAUUUUCUGCGAAGAAACUGAGUGCAGUGCCGGAGAUCAGCAGGUAGUGCGGGAAAUCGCAAACGAGUUUCCGCAGAUCUUCAAAGCGUGAACAGUUUCCGGAAGCAGAAAUCACCUCAGCAAUAGCACUUCAAAUCGAAGGAAGCAGCAACGCGGUGCAAUUUCUUUCCAAUGCCAUUCGUUCAAGUUUUUACCUAUGUUAUUGUUGACAAAAAUAACCAAAAUUUAAACAGUCGGAAAACUCUUACAUCAAUCCUUGGCUUUUUAUCGCCGCUAAAUCCAGUGUGUCAAUAACAACAGUAGGAAAAACAGUAUCGAAUACAAAAAUAACAACAAAAACGUUUUCAAAAAUGUUUUUCCACAAAGCGGCAUGACAGAGUCAGUUCAAUUUUAUCUACAAAGAAAAAAGUUUGUCAUAGCAAUUAAACAGUGCGCAUUUUUACCCUUAGAGAUAACAAAUUAUUUUAAAAAUAAUAGCCAUUUUGAAAUACAAAACUUUCAGUAAAUACCAAGCAGAUGUAGAUAGUCUGAAUCUAAGCGGUCAGAACGGAAAUACAGUAAAGCAAAAUAUUUCUACAAAGCAGUAAACAAAUUGUCACAACUUUCAAACUUAUUCUCUCUAACACUCAAGUAUACGACAAACAGUCGGGUAUUCGAUUCAAGACAGAUUCUUGCAGUUAGACAAACAAACAAACCCCAGCCUCCAUGCAAUUAUUCCCGAUAAUUUGCGACCGUUUUUCUAAAGUAAACAAUAAUUAAACUCGAAAAUUACGCAGAGCUUAUUAAUUGUAUUAAAUUUGUGUGGCGUCAAAAAUGUGUUAUUCAUAUAAAUUAUUGGCUCGUUAAUAAUUGAAUCAUAGUUUAUAAUACUCGUUUGAACAAGAAGAAAAAAAACUCAAAUUGGCAAUUUUAUCCCAACCGUAGUGUCGUUGAAUUAGUACCUAAGAAAACACUAAUCAAAAACCAAAUAUUAUGAUAAACGACUCAUAGACGUUUAAAUCUUUAACUUUUGUGUUUUUACUUGAUGGAGAAAAAGGCGAAGCCAGUGUUUAGAUUAGAUUUUUGGUAAAUUUCCAAACCAUGCCAAACAUUGAGAUCGGACAUCCCAAAAUGCCAAAUUUAAUCCAAGAUUUUCUACCACUACUUGACCUAGAUCAGAAACACGAAUAUUAAAACAAACACCUUCAGAUGCAAAACAAGCACUGGCCGAGCAGCACACAAACAAGCAAGUGUAAAACGUUACAACAAGAAAAACAUUUUUAAUGAAACUCAAACCUACAAACCGAACAAACUGAUUAAAAAAUAGAUAUUUAAAUGAUGGAAGAAGAUAGACAGGCUAGUUAUAUUUUGGUAGGUUAAAAUUGCAUUUAAAGUUUAUGAAGCAGAACAACAAAACCCAGAUUGAAGAAAAAAAAAAUUAAAAGCAGAAUAACGAAUAAUACUAAUCGAUCGAAUGUUGAACACACAACACGUGCAACAUGUGGCUUAGAUUUUUUAGGAAACAGAAACGUUUCCUUCUGUUAUGCUAGAUACCUACUAACGGCUGAUUGGUAUGUUGGCACAGAUAAAUUGUGAACUAAGUGAAUAAGACUAGUUGCGAAAUAAAUAAUAUAAUCUUCAA